GUCUCCCCGGCACUAGAUCAGAUGAGCAGCAGUCUAUAAAAGAGGCUGUAAGGGGCUCAUGAAAGCUAAAAGAGAGAGCUUGAGACACACUUGGGCUACCUUCAAUUCUGAAUUAUGGCCUUUAGCAGAGAGAGCAAAGAAGUGGACCUUGACACCAUUGAAGGCAUAGUAGAGUCUACUGGUGAUUCUGAAGUGGGAUGUCAGAAACAAAAAUUCAGAAUCAAAAUAUCAGAAAAAAUAAAAAAUCUUGACUUCAAGAAACGGCAGAAGAAUUCAAAAUCCACAGGAACUCCAUCAGUGGAAUUGGAUUUCAAAGAGAACCUUGAGCAGAACCGUUUGGCUGAAGCACAGCAACAGCUGGUGAAAGCUGAGGAAUGUCUCUUUGGUUCAAAAGAAGUGGGCAGGACAGAAGAUGAGGUAGACAAGCUUCAUAUUGACUAUGAGAUCUUUAUUUUGCACCUGAGAUUGGCCAUCUAUGACUCCUUCAGUGAGGACAGCCAGGAGACACUCAAGAGUGCUUUGACUUCAAUACUUAAAGAGGAGGCACAGGACAGACGCUGGAUGGAAGUUGCCGAGGAUCAACGCCCAAUAUGGAGGCCUACGGGGUGCAGACAGAUCCAUGACACAUUACUCCAGACUACCGUGGAGGAACGAAUGAAGAAUGCAGAUGAAGAGGAGAAUAAUGCAGAUAUACUGUCUACCUCCUUGAAGAGAGAGGUGUUCCGAAUGGGCAAACUAGUGCAGAAAGAUCUGCUCAGAGUGAUCCGAAAUCUGAGAGAGUGUUACCCACCGGACUUUGACAUCUGCAGAACAUAUGCUCAGCUCUACCAUCAAACCUUUUCCACCAGACUUCAAGAGCUUGCCAGAUCCAAAAUCAGUUCUGAGGACUGCCUCUAUUUAUUAAUUUGGAUUGUGGAGUACUACCCAAAAGACGUAUUGAAGCAUAAAGAACUAGAGGAGCACAUCAACAGUUCAUCACUUGGACCUCUGUUACCUGAAGAAGACCUUAAGAGAUUAGAGGAACAGUACUUCUCUUACAAAGAGAACGAGAUCAGAAACUGGUUAUCCAAUGCUUUAGAGAAAGAGGUGAAAAAAUGGAGUGAUGGCAUCGAACCAGAGCUGAUGGACGGAUACUACUUCAGUAGCCUUGCUGUUGAUGUUUUACCACUUGUUGAUGGGGCUGUAAAAGAUGUCAAUACACUUUUGAGUAAAGCCCGGAGUUUCCUAAACCAGCUGGACAGUUUUCUUCAGAGCUAUAAGACAAGUCUGGAGGAGAUGGUCAAAAGAAAACAAGAAAACAUUCCUAAAACUCUCUUUGCUAAUCUGGUUAAUAUUUACCAGUUUAGGGAUUAUGUACAAAAACCAGAACAUCCUUUCACAGAGGACACUACAAAAGCUUGCCUGUCCACAUUAGCAGAUCUCAAAAACAUUUGUCACAAAUACUUCCUCAGUCAUAUUCACACAGAACUGAAGCCGCUGUACCGUAAACUGUGGACUCAAGUUUGGUUCGCUGGACAUUGUGAGGUUGUGGAGGAGCUGGUGAAGGCGCUUGAGAGUAACAUAGACAAUUUCAAAGAGCUAAAGUCUGUCUGCAGAGAGGAGCUAAUGGCUGAGCUGCAUCUAGAAGUAAUGGUUGAAUAUGUGAGGCGAAUGAUGAAGAGUAAACUGAAACUGAAAGAAAAAGAGCAGCAAGAAGCAGCUGCUGAGUUCAUCUGCCACGACAGGAACACAAUCUGCUCUAUGUUUGCAAAAGUGGUGAGAUCAUAUCCAGACCCACACAACAAUGUAUGCAUAAACACUGCAGAGGAUCCAUUGGAAUGCAGAGAGGAAUGGUUCUGUCAAAUACUGCCCAAAUUAUCAGAGAUUCUGAGACUGCAGGAUCCUGGGAGUUUACAACUUGAGAUUGUUACUCUGGCAAGAGACUAUCCUGACAUGAGUGAGCAGCAUAUUAUUGCUCUCCUAAACCUGAAGACCAACCUUUCAAGCUCAGACCUGCGAAGGAUCAAAAAGUGUCUGAGUGAAAACAGAGGCACACCGGACACUCUGGAGUCCUCUACUUCCUUACUCACUAAAAAAUUAAGCAAAUGGAAAAUCAUCUAAAUGCCCUGUUACAUCUAUCGCUAAUGUUAAAAUACUGUGAUAUCAUUGUUGUUAUGUAAUAUUUAUUAUUAAAAAACACUCAUGGUAUUAUCAACUGAUUUCACACUGCUUUCCAAAAAUCCUCAAAUUCCUUCUUCUUUACUUAUCAAAUGGAAAAUCAUCUGAAUGCCCUGUAACAUCUGUAGCUAAUCUUAAAUACCUGUGAAGCAUACUGUGAUUCAAAAUCAGUAUUAUCCAUUCAUCCGUCCAUUUUCCAUACCCUCUGCAGGGUCGUUGAGGGAUGGAGUCUGAACGGAUGGCCAGUAUAAUCAGUAUUAUUUUAUGUAAUAUUUAAUAUGAAAACUCAUCAGUCUGUUACAAGUCAUUUUAUUCUGUUACAAAACUAAUUUUACAGUAUUGUUCAAAAAUAAGGUCAAGAACAAUGUGUUUGGAAAUUUGUCAAAAACAUUUUGAAUAUGGCAGACCAUUACAAGUUUUUUUUUUAUAGCACUGAAUUUGUGUAAAACCAUUUGAGAAAACCUAUAAAAUGCCAUAAAACUAAAUGGUAGAAUCAAGUGUAAAAAAGUGUAUAUUUAUAAUGUAAAGUGCUUAGUCUGAAUGCAUGUUCAAAGCUCUCAAAAAUUAUUUAAAUAUUCUGAUAUAAUACAC